CCCCAUGCCAGGUGCUCAGAUCAUCAGAUUUCUCCCUUUCUCUUACCAAUCUUUCAUGUGGCUUUCUCCUCCUGUGGAUGGAUUGACUAUUUAAUUACAUUUUUAAUAUGGCUACACGCGAUAAACUAACUCGGAUUGCUAUUGUAAAUACCGAUAGGUGUAAACCGAAGAAAUGUCGUCAAGAAUGUAAAAAAGCCUGUCCUGUUGUUCGCAUGGGAAAACUUUGUAUUGAGGUUACACCUGCUUCUAAAGUGAGUAAGAUAUCAGAAGAAUUAUGCAUUGGUUGUGGUAUUUGUGUUAAGAAAUGUCCAUUUGAAGCUAUAAAUAUCAUAAAUCUUCCCAGUAACCUUGAAAAAGAUACAACACAUCGAUAUAAUGCAAAUUCAUUCAAGCUACACAGGUUACCUACUCCAAGACCGGGUGAAGUUUUAGGUCUUGUUGGAACCAAUGGUAUAGGAAAAUCUACUGCUCUAAAAAUUCUUGCAGGAAAACAGAAACCUAAUCUAGGACGAUAUGAUAAUCCUCCUGAUUGGCAGGAAAUUCUUCAAUAUUUUCGUGGAUCAGAGCUUCAAAAUUAUUUCACAAAAAUCCUUGAGGAUGAUCUAAAAGCUAUCAUCAAACCACAAUAUGUUGACCAGAUUCCAAAAGCUGUUAAGGGUUGUGUGCAAUCUAUAUUAGAUAGAAAAGAUGAAACAUCAUCUCAAGAAGAGUUUUGCAAGCAGCUUGACUUGUUAACAGUUCGUGAGCGUAAUGUAGACGAACUUUCUGGUGGAGAAUUACAGCGAUUUGCUUGCGCUGUUGUGUGUGUCCAACAGGCUGACAUUUUUAUGUUUGACGAGCCUUCCAGUUAUCUCGAUGUUAAACAGCGUUUGAAAGCUGCAUUGGCCAUAAGGAGUUUAAUAAGAAGCAACAGGUACAUCAUUGUGGUUGAGCAUGAUCUGAGUGUUUUGGAUUAUCUAUCUGACUUCAUCUGCUGUCUUUAUGGUGUUCCUGGUGCAUAUGGGGUAGUUACUAUGCCUUUCAGUGUGAGAGAAGGCAUCAACAUAUUUCUUGAUGGCUUCGUCCCAACGGAAAACCUACGUUUUCGUGACACAUCACUGACAUUUAAAGUAGCAGAAACAGCUGAUAAGGAGGAAGAAAUAAAAAAAUUGAGACGUUAUAGUUAUCCUGAUAUGAGAAAAGUAUUAAAAUCUUUUGAAUUGAAUGUUGAAUCCGGGACAUUUACUGACUCGGAAAUAAUCGUAAUGUUAGGAGAAAACGGGACGGGUAAAACAACAUUUAUCAGAAUGUUAGCUGGUAGACUACCACCUGAAGAUGGAGCUGAAGUCCCUCUUUUGAACGUUAGCUAUAAACCACAGAAAAUCAGUCCAAAAUCUAGAAGCACAGUACGACAGCUUCUUCACGAGAAAAUUCGCGAUGCUUACAUACAUCCUCAGUUCAUCACAGAUGUCAUUAAACCACUUCAAAUUGAGAACAUCUUUGAUCAAGAAGUGCAAAAUUUAUCUGGUGGUGAAUUACAACGUGUCGCCUUAACUUUAUGUCUUGGCAAGCCUGCUGAUGUUUACUUAAUUGAUGAACCGUCUGCAUACUUGGAUUCUGAACAACGUCUUGUUGCUGCCAAAGUGAUUAAAAGAUUUAUACUUCAUGCAAAGAAAACUGGUUUUAUCGUUGAACACGAUUUUAUUAUGGCGACGUACCUUGCUGAUCGUGUUGUUGUAUUUGACGGUACACCGUCUGUUUCGACUUUUGCUAGAAGUCCACAGAGCCUGUUGUCGGGGAUGAAUAAAUUUUUGGAAUCAUUAUGUAUCACGUUCCGAAGAGACCCGAGCAAUUAUAGACCGCGUAUAAACAAACUAAAUUCGGUCAAGGAUGUUGAGCAAAAGCAUUCCGGCAAUUUUUUCUUCCUGGAUGACGAUUGAAGAACUGUUUUAUUAUUUUAAUGAAGCAUAUCAAUCUAGCCGCGUGUCGUUUUUGCAACAUGCGUACGUUCAUUCUUUGUGACAUCUUUUUAUGGUCUAUUUUAGUGUGAUUUCAGUUAUAAUGUUCGCUAUCAAAAGAAAGCAAUCUUUGUAAAUAGAUUGUUUUACAUUAAAUGCUCUAUAUAUGAAUGAGAUUAAGUCAAAGCUAUACGAUGGUAAUCUGUCCUAAUUAUGAACGUGCAGAUCUGCUCAAAACAAUCGAAUUAUUAUACUUACAGUGUUUUGCAGUGUUUCGAACAAUUUGUGUCAAAUAUCUCGGCGUCGUAUUUUUUAUGCCUUCAUUAUUUGAACAUGUAAGACAUCACAAUAAUUAUUAAAACAUUAGACUGCCAGCUUUUCUUGGAGAGCUUAUGACAA